AUUUAUUCUACCACACAACUGCACAUGUUUACAACACCUCUCAUAAGCUUUGUGUGUUUCAUUCCAUGACAAACCUUAAUUCGAUCUAACAACAGAUGAAGACACCUCUCUCUUCCUCUUCAUCUCCGUCCUCGUCCCUCCUUCGAAAAGCCCGUCUCUCUCCUUACUACCUCUUCACUUUAUUCGCCUUCAUCGUCUUCGUCACCAUCCUCUACAGCGAAGACUUCUCCUGCCUCUUCUCCCAACUCAAUUACACCUCUAACCUACCCAUCACAAAAACUAGUCGCGGCACUGGGAAGAAGAAGGUGAAGUUGCCGUUUUCCGUGGGACGGGAAAACGAAAGGUGUGACGUGUUCAGUGGCAAGUGGGUUUGGGAUGAGGAGAAUCGGCCGCUUUACGAGGAAUCGGAGUGUCCUUAUAUACAGCCGCAGCUGACAUGUCAGGAACACGGUCGGCCUGACAAGGACUACCGGUUGUGGAGAUGGCAGCCUCACGGAUGUUCUCUUCCGAGUUUCAAUGCGACAUUAAUGUUGGAGACACUUCGAGGGAAGAGGAUGAUGUUUGUAGGUGAUUCUCUAAACAGAGGUCAAUAUGUUUCCAUGGUCUGUCUUCUACACAGACUCAUCCCUGAAGGAUCCAAAUCCAUGAAAACCAAUGGUUCCCUCACCAUUUUCACAGCCAAGGAAUACAAUGCAACAAUUGAAUUCUACUGGGCACCAUUCCUUCUGGAAUCAAACUCAGAUGAUGCAGUGGUACAUAGGAUAUCUGAUAGAAUAGUGAGAAGAGGUUCCAUUAAUAAGCAUGGAAGACACUGGAAAGGAGCUGAUAUAAUUGUCUUCAACACCUAUCUCUGGUGGAUGACUGGCAUCAAGUUCAAGAUCUUACAAGGCUCUUUUGAUGAUGAAGAUAAGGAUAUAGUGGAGCUAUCAACAGAGGAUGCAUAUAGAAUGGGAAUGAAGAGUAUGUUGAGAUGGGUUAAGAAGAACAUGGAUCCUAAGAAGACUAGAGUCUUCUUCACCAGCAUGUCUCCUUCUCAUCAAAAGAGCAUAGAUUGGGGAGAUGAUUCAAAUGGAAAUUGCUACAACCAAACAACCAUGAUAGAAGACCCAACAUACUGGGGAUCAGACUCAAGAAAAUCCAUAAUGCAAGUGAUUGGAGAAGUGUUCAGCAAAUCCAAAGUACCCAUUACAUUUCUCAACAUCACACAGCUCUCAAGCUACAGAAAAGAUGCCCACACUUCCAUUUACAAGAAGCAAUGGGGUCCUUUGACACCCGAACAGCUCGCCAACCCGGUUAGCUACGCUGACUGCGUGCAUUGGUGCUUGCCUGGCGUCCAAGAUACUUGGAAUGAGCUUCUAUUUGCAAAGCUUUUCUAUCCAUGAGUGUCAUGAAAGAUGUGACCUCUCUUUGUAAUUAAUCUACAUUUUUUUUUUAAAUUUUAAAAUUAGGGUUUGAAAUCUGCACGGUAUGGGAGGGAAGAGAGCAAAA